CGCCCGCCCCUCCCCCGCUCCAGGAAGUGCGGGGGCUCCAGCCGCCCGGCCGGCCGCGAUGCAUUCUGGGAAAGCAGCAGCACCAGAUCCAAGAUGGCGGCCAGCAGGAGGCUGAUGAAGGAGCUUGAAGAGAUCCGCAAAUGUGGAAUGAAAAACUUCCGUAACAUCCAGGUUGAUGAAGCUAAUUUAUUGACUUGGCAAGGGCUUAUUGUUCCUGACAACCCUCCAUAUGAUAAGGGGGCCUUCAGAAUCGAAAUCAACUUUCCAGCAGAAUACCCAUUCAAACCACCGAAGAUCACAUUUAAAACAAAGAUCUACCACCCAAACAUUGAUGAAAAAGGGCAGGUCUGCCUGCCAGUAAUUAGUGCUGAGAACUGGAAGCCAGCAACCAAGACCGACCAAGUAAUCCAGUCCCUCAUAGCACUGGUGAACGACCCCCAGCCCGAGCACCCGCUCCGGGCUGACCUAGCUGAAGAAUACUCUAAGGACCGUAAAAAAUUCUGUAAGAACGCUGAAGAGUUUACAAAGAAAUAUGGGGAAAAGCGACCUGUGGACUAAAAUCUGCCGCAAGUGAUUCCAGCAAGUGUGAGCAGAGACCCCGAGCAGUGCAUUCAGACACCCCGCAAAGCAGGACUCUGUGGAAAAUUGACACGUGCCACCGCCUGGCGUUUGCUUGUGGCAGUUACUAACUUUCUACAGUUUUCUUAAUCAAAAGUGGUCUAGGUAACCUGUAAAGAAAGGAUUAAAAAUUUCAGAUGUUCUAGUUCUGCUUUCUUUGUUUUAAAAAUCACUGCUUCAAUCUACUUCAAAAGAAUGGUGUUUCUUUUGUCCAAAUUUACCCCAAAUCUUCAAGUUACAUUUAGCCCAUAAGGUUAAAAAAAAUAAGGUUGUGGUUCCCCUUCCUUCCCUGCCCUUGCAACUCCCACUUUCUUGCAUUCAGUUUAUUGUUCAUGUAUUUACUUCCCCAGAACCAAUUCCUCUCUGCUCCACAAAGGAGAAGAAAUGGCUCUUGUGGCUUUUCUUCUCCAGUAUCACACUGUCCCAUGUGGGAGUUAGUUCAAAUUCUCCUGCUGCCAAUUUAUAACAUUCUUUUAAAAAAUUACAAAACAAGCAACUCCACCUUCCUCCCCCGGGGGGGAAAAAAAUGCUGUGCAAAGGGAGGCCCACUCCUUGUGUAAAAAUCUGGCUAAUGUUUCCACAACAGUAUGGAUUAAAAGGGCAAACCCUGAUGUCUGUAUAAUGAUUGAACUACAGCCUGGCCAGGGAAACCCUGUAAUGUCAGGUCUAUGGUGACCCCAGAGAAAGGGCCUGCCAGCCAAGGACGCUGCGCACUUGUGCGAUGAAUUUCUCGCCAGAAAGGCUCCUGAUCAGGCUGAAGGCCAGCACCCUUUUCUGCAGCCAUGUUAGAAGAUCCACUGCUCAUCGCAGGCAAAGUAAAAGCCAGAAUAUCCAUUUGAAAUUCUAAGUUCCAUCUGAAUGUGCCACGGAGCUCUCCAACUCCUCAGCGCAGCAGCCCCACCACAGCCCUUCCUUGGCACAGUUUGACCCUUUGCGGGAUCAGAAUUGGCAGGACUCAGCUUUGUAGCUGGCACCAAUCUGGGGUCACUGGGGUCUCUGCUGGCCCCUUCCUUCAGAGCAGCCGCCGGCUCAUCCCAGGAACAAGAUGGCCUUUCCUCUCCCUUUGGACUCAACAACCUUUGCAGAGUCAAGCUCCACUUGAUGCUCGCUCAAUAAUAUCCUUUCAAUGUGUUUUAUAUUGUUUUGAUUGCCUUUUUUUGUAGAAAUAAAAAUUGACCUUAGAGGUUAUCAUCAGAUGAACUUUGUAAGGAUUUGAAUGUUAAUGUCUUUUCAAGGCAAGUGGGACUGUCCCUGAAACAGUAGAGAAUAUAUGGCAUUCUGAUACCGAGGAAGCUGAUGAUCCAAACGCCGUGUGUCACCAACUCUGCUUCUGCCACUGGCGGCUUUUCUUCUUGGCUACUGGGGGGACUAGAUCCUCUAGAGAAGAUGACUUCAAGAAACUUUGCUUUCUUUUUUGACUUUAAUUCUAUAACUUGAGAUCUUUCAGGGCUCAUAGCCGUGUAAGUCAGGUCUGGGUUUCGUCUGUGCAGAUGUGAGAAGUGAUGGAUAGGUUAGGGAGCAUAACACUGUUUAGUUGUCCAAGCAAGUGGCCCCUGCGGGGUGUAAUGAGCUCAGCUUCUUUAGUCCUAGGUACUCGAGGGACAGGUUUCUGGAGACUCCCGUGUCCAGGAUGGCAAGAGCACUGGGCCAGUGUUUCCACAUCUGUCCAUUAAUAGAAAGGUGAUAAUGGAUUUUAUUUCACUCAUACGCAGAUUUGUAAUAAAAUGCCAAAUGGUUAGAAGAUAUCCAAACAAACCACCAUUUGUUCUUGUUGCUUCUCUGAAUCUAGAAAUAUUGCCAUUCUUGGAAACUGUCCCAUUGCUUCAUAUUCUGCCAAUGUAGCUCUGCCUGCCUGUCACCCACUCACUGCUCUCUGCUCACUGUGGGAAGGUACCCCUUAUGCCAGCAGCCCCUCUCAGGGACUCUCAGCUCUGGCACUGGCACCCUAUGGUCUGCCCCGGCAGCAGAGGCCUGGCUCUCUAGUGGGUGUACUUCCCUUUGGCCUGGGUGGCUUGUUCCUUCUAGCCGUGCCCCAAGGCAGGCUUUGAGCAAGCUGGUGGCCAGCCCUGGCUGCUCCAAAACCAAAAGCUGGAUCCUCUGGAGGAGAGGAGAGCUGUAGAGUAGCCACCUAUCACUGACCCGUGCUGGCUCAGGAUUUCACAUCUGCCUAGUUCUUUGAAGUGCCCUGGGUCUUCCUCCUGUCCCUCUCCGCAACGGUGGAGAAUAGGCUUUCUAAGAUGCUGCGAUCCCAUUCUGCUGCCCUUAAUAAAAAUGCUCUCCAACACUG